UCCCUCGCAGCCGCCGCCGUCCGCCAUCCCCUCCGUCCUCCUCGCGCGUCCCCAGCCUCGCCACCACCUAGCAAAAUUUUUCCCAAUCCCCACAGCCGUCCUCCGCCCCUGCUUCCACGCCACGAGCUCCUCCUCCUCCAUCCCAGAGCGCCCCUUCCCAUCCUGCCCAUUCUCCUCCUCUCUCUCGUCGCCGCCGGCUCAGCCGCCACAUGCCGCGCCAUCUCCUCCCCCACGCCGCUCGUCGGAGGCCGGCGCGGGCGACGGACGGCCGGCCGACCUCUGGAAGGGGCCGCCGGCGCGAGCUAAGGGGCAGCGCGGCUCGUUUCCGCGGAGGCCAACCUCCGGCAGGGGCCGCCGGCGCGGCAGGCAACGGGCGGUGCGGCCGGUCUCCGCGGCGGCGGCGGCUCGAUUGGAAGUCCUCCAUGGUGCCACCGGUGCCGUCCAUGGGCAGCCGGUGCUGGAGACGACGGCGAGGUUUGGCAGCAGUAGGGCACUUCCUUCCUCCCCCGAGCUGCUCGGCUUGGAGUCUGCGGUCGAGCCCCUCUCCUUCAUCAUCUUCUUCGCGUGCGGCAGCCGGCGGAGCUCCACCUUCUUCCUGCCGGCUCCACCUGAUGAUUUCGACCAGCGAAGAAGCCAUAGAGGUCCUUUGUGGUGGAUUCGGUUGAGAUCAUUGUCUUCCUGCAGAUUACCGGCUUGGGUGGAGUUCAAGAGAGUUGACUUGCAUGUACAAUCUUUGGUGCUUCCAGAUUGAUCGUGGUACUGCUAUAGCACCAAUGCUACAAGUUGGGAGGACAUUUCUCUGAAAUCAUGAUGAGAACACUCGGUUAAGCUAUUCACAAAGGUUUAAUUUUGUAACACUGACUUUCCCUCAUACGAUAUUCAUGAGAUACUACUACAAGAUGAAGCUGAUUGUGAAAUUUGUGACUCCCUUUAAGAGAGGUUCAUGUUAAUGGCCGUUUUUCCAUCUGCAAGUAAAUGUGAUAAAUCAAGCGCGGGUCAUGCCGCAAGCUGAUCCCUUAUUUGUUAGUCGUGAGCACAAGUCCCACUGCUAUCUAAACAUCUUCUCCAUAUUAUUUAUUAGUCUCUAGGGAACAAAAUAAAAGGAAGAAUCAACUAUUGUUAUAGAUCUCAUGGGACUUUUGGCACAUGCUGGUUUGAUCCCAUAGUUGCUCCCUUGGGAUUUGGUGGCUGAAAAUACAAGUAAUAUGACAAUGUUGUUGUUUGGGUGAUUCGUUGCUAUUAGAGAGGGAGAUGGGAAGGGGAAGAAGAAAUGGCGAGGGAGGUUAAAGAGGAGACAACAGAUGAAUACAGAUCUGCAAUAAUCAAAAGCUACUCCUUCCAGUGGUGGGGGAAAGUUUGCACAGGAUCUGGCAAUGUUAGUCUGUCCUUUCUCGCCCUUACUCCUUUGAUUUUUUUAUGUGUGAUCUUGCUUUGAUCUCUGUUGGAUGUGUGGAAUAUGCUUUAUAUUUCCUAGGUCCUCAAGCAUUGCCAUGUGGUUUUUGGUGCAUAUAUGCCGAAUCAAGGGUACAAAUAUGGAAACUUUCCAACAAUUAUUUUAUUUGCUUAAUCUUCUGGUGUUAGUUUACUAAGAACAUACGUGUACAUGAUCCUUUGAAUGGAAGGAUAUAUUUGGUUCUCUGAUACCUUCUGCUGCUCUAUCUACCAAAUGAUUAGUUGAACUAUUAAUUAACAGGACAUGACCAAUUAGUUGUUCACUUCAUCAUUGGGUAAACCCAUUAGUUGUUGGCAUGUCGUUGUGGAUUUUCAUUACAUAGAAACUUUGUCUUUACCAUGGACAAAAGAUUUUGGUAUGUAUUGCUUUAUUUUCCUUUUUUAAAGGCCUUCAUUUCUACAUAUAUUUGUUGAUUGCUUACUUGAAAGAAUUAGCAGAGUAUACCUUCUAUACUCCCUCCGUUCCUAUAUAUAAGCCAUAUAGUUUUUUGAGAAAAAUUCCAGAAUAUAAGGUUUAUUGUGUUGCCCUACUUGUAUGUACAAUAUUUUUGGAAAUUUGAUUACGUUUACUUAUCUUAUGCAAAGUCCUCUAUUAGCUCACGACAAUUACUUACGGUUAACCCUAGACAAACAUGGUGUAAUUUUUCCUAAAUAUGUGUUUCUUAAUUUCCGUGCCAGAAAUUAUAUGGCUUAUAUUUAGGACCGGAGGGAGUAUUAUACACACCGCUUGGUAGAUUGUAGCAAUGAGUUGUUUUUGCUUCAUCUAACCGGUCUGUGUUACUUGGCAAUUAUCAGCUCAAAUGGUGUAUUAGCCUAACUAGCUAAUUGUAUGAUCUCUGCUCUCCUUUCUCAUGAUCCCAAUCAAUCAAUAGGAUAGUGGAAAUGGGUGGAGUGGGUUAAUUAUUUGGAUAUUGAAUGACUUUCUACUACAGAAAAUUCAAACAAUUGAUAUUUUACGUUUUCAGAAAAUGUUGGCUAGGGACUGGACUGUGCGCACUUCACCUGUGAUUAUUCUACCUGCUUUGUUCAGCUUUUGUUCCUCGAUUGUGUAUAGAUUAACACAUAUAUAUCCUCACGGCCCAAUCCUGGUUAGGAGUUAGGACGUUUCGUGCACAUCAGUUUCCUUUCCAGUUGCAUGGUAUCUAAGAUGCCACUUUCUAAUGAUUUAUAUGUUUGCUGCUGGAAUUUGUCAUUUUAUCAAAAUAUCCAAUAACAAUACCAAUGUAUGGAUUGUCUAUAUCUGAAAUCUUAUUCCAAGUUGUUUAUUUUUUUGGUAGUAGGACUACUAUUGUUUUACAGUGGGAAGACACAUUUAUUUCUGUCAAACUCAUGCAAGGUAACCUAUCUCGCCUUCUCACAUAAUUUCUAUUGAAAGAAGAGUGAACUUCAGCUUUAUGAAUACGUGUGAAAUGCUUCUGUUUUUAAGGGGGGCAAGUAGAUUUAGUCUUAGAAACAUAAUACACAACACUGAUUAAUCAUAUGUAUUCUCUUUUUAUCAUUGUUUUAUUUUCUACUAAGUAAGUUGUCUUAAUUGGUGUUUUGCAAAUAUCGUAUUAUUAAUAUUUAGGCAUAGUAUCAUAAUUAUCCGUGGUUCGUUUUUUUAAAUCACUAGAUUCAUUUGCCCAGUUAUCGAUUUGUAUAUGUGUGCUUAUUUGCCGGGGAGAGUUGUAUGACCAAAAUUGGAAACACUUACGUUCUGGUGUUUGUAAUAUUUUUCAAUUUCCUCUUACAUUCGUAGAUUAGAAAUAAAGUAAUGGCCUUGGUUUUGAUCUUUUCCUUAAAUCCUCCGAGGAGGAGAGCUUGCAUAUUUAGAUAUAAAGUAAUGGUCUUGGUGUUUUUCUCUCGGGUCAUGAAUCCAUAUUCCUGAAUUCAUUCAUUCAGUUAGUGGCACCAAUUAUUUGACCUAGGAAAUAAUUGAAUAUGAACCUCUUGGUGAUGUCCUUCUCAAUCCAUCAAUAUAUGCAAGGGAUGAUAUUUCCCAUUGGGUUAGGAAAGCUAUUGGUGCCACUAACUGACAGCCAGAUAGUGCUUAUUCACUGAACAUUUUUUUGAGGUACCCAUUCAUCACUACCACUAUCUGGCUGUCAAUUCGCUAUGCAGCCAUGCCUCUCACCCUAGAUGGUACAAGUAGAGGAGAAGAACCCUGAGGUUACAAGGUGCAGAGCUCUUCUGUUACAACCAUUAUAUAUGAGUAUUUAGUGGCCAGUAAAAUAUGUUCUAUGAAAUGAUUGUAAAAGAUGCACAUAUGUGAUGCUCUUAGCAGCGACAAGUUGUUUGAGGAAACACCCAUAAGAGAAUAGAAUGCGACAAGUUAAUAUUAUUAUAUUUUGUAUCAGCUAUGUUUGCUCCAAUGAUCCAAGAAAUGAAUGAACAAUUGGAAUAAAAUAUCCUUGUUUGCUUUCCUUGAAAGUACUAGAGUUUUAGUACAUAAUUUACCAUAUCUAGGUACAGAUCUCAGAUAGGAUGCAAUCAUUGGUUUAUAAAAGGAUUAUAAUCCCAAAUACAAAACUGAAACUAACUGGUGUGUAGCUCCAGUUUUGUGCAACCUGUUUGUGCUUCUACCACGUCGAGGACAUGUAAAGACCAAUUUUUAUUAGAAUUUAUUCAGUAAUUAUACGCAAAAUCAUUUUAAUUUCUUGAGGCACUCUUGAGGGGCAAAUCAAGCAGAAAUAGGGUGGACUGGUGAAGGAAAUCACGUGGGGUGAGCUGCAUGGUAAUUAUGGGGUUUUUACAAGAUUUAUGUGUGAUCUCCAUCCACUAUUUAUUUUGGUUAUCGGUUCUCUUUCUACGUGGGUUAUUCUUCUGAUAGCCUUAAGCAUUAUUUCCACACAAACUAAAUAUUUUGAGGGUAAGACUAAGUUGAAAUCUUGCAGCUGCCACCAAUGGCUCAUUUCAAAGAUUAAUUCAGAGUUACCAUUUACUAUUGCAGCUCAGAUUUCCUAUAUUGUUUCUGAGAUGCACGUUCUCUCUGUUGAGGGCCUGAAAUUUUCUGUCUUCCUAUGACUAGCACCUUUUUCCAUCGGUUAUUCAAUUGUAAAGGUGUGCUACAGGAACGUGUGUCAUGCUCGACCCUGUUGGAUGAUCUGCAACUUCUAAGGUCGACAUUACAAAGCUGUUGCCAUGAGGAUGAAAGAAAGAGAUGCAGCAGAGUUUUGUACAUACGUCUUUCACUAGCUAUGUUGUGGUGCCAAUGUGGCCGGAAGGUGCUCCUGAAAGUGACUCUGUUCAGGCAAUACUAGACUGGCAGAGAAGGACGAUGGACAUGAUGUACUACGACAUCGCCAUUGCACUUGAGGGCAAGGGGAUCGACGCGAACCCCAAGGAUUACCUCACCUUCUUAUGCUUAGGGAACAGGGAGGUGAAGAGGAGCGGUGAGUAUGAACCUGUAGGUUGCCCAUUGGAUGGAUCAGCCUAUGAAAUGGCACAAAAGGCUCGGCGGUUCAUGAUCUAUGUUCACUCCAAGAUGAUGAUAGUUGAUGACGAGUACAUCAUCGUUGGAUCUGCCAACAUCAACCAGCGGUCAAUGGACAGGGGCGGGGACAUCGAAAUCGCCAUGGGCUCAUUCCAGCCGCACCACCUAAACACCAAAGGCCAGGUUGCCAGAAGGCAGGUCCAUGGUUUCCGGAUGUCGCUGUGGUAUGAGCACCUAGGCAUGCUGCACAACGAUUUCCUCAACCCGGGGAGCCUGGAGUGCGUCCGGAGGGUGAACAAGAUGGCAGACAAGUACUGGGACCUCUGCGCCAGUGAUGAGCGGAACGACGAUCUCCCCGGGAACCUCCUCACCUACCCGGUCAUCGCGACGAAGGAUGGCACCGUGACAGAAGUACUUUUAAUAGACUUAUUCAUCUUUCUCUUUCAGAAUCGGCUAGAACAGGAGCUAGCGACGCCUGUAUAAUUUGUAUCAUUUAAAUACCAUGUUACUCUUCAUUGAAAAACACUUUACAUAAGCCUUACAACGCUGUCUCAUCAUAUUGAGUGUAUCUAAGUGCAUGUUAUUGAUGUAGGGCUGAAUGAGUGGCUGA